GUUUGCCACAGAAUUCUGUUUAUACGUGGAGGCAGAUGGAAGAUCUUUUUCACAUCCAGUUCUACCGCAGUGAGCCAGAAGUAUCCAUGGCAGAUUUAUCUCGUCUGGUGCAGCGACCUGGAGAGACAUCUGAGGCCUUUCUGGCCAGAUUUCGGAAGGCCAGACUUAAGCGCAGAGUUGCCCUGCCAGAACAGGAAUUUGUCAAGCUGGCACAAAAUGGUCUAGACAUUGAAUUGAGGAAAAAGUUUGAGGGAAUGGAGUUUCGUGAUUUCUUUGAGUUGUCUUACAAGGUGGCUCGUUAUGAGAAUUUAUUGCGAGAGGACACACAAAGGAAAUCUGCAUCUCAUGGGACUUAUUAUGGUGAUGCCAACUUUGAUCUGGACGUGGCAGAAGUGGUGGCAGACAAGCCAGUUGAGAAAAUCGACAAGGGAAUUCUGCGUUUUCCAGAUAAGGCCAAAGAAACUAUGGGAGUUGAUGCAGAUCCAUUCCCUACCAUGUCUGUUGGGGUGAAUGCGGCAGAUCUCAGGAGCAUUGCCAGGGACAGAUCUCAGACAUACUAUAGGCGCAGACUUGCAGCUGAUGAUCUGAGGUGGGUCAUUGAGGAGGCUAGGGCCCGCAGAAAUCAGGUCAGAUCCGAUUCAUACCGAAGGAGACAGCCGGGGGGCACAACUCAACUCAACAGAAAAAUAAUGCAAAUCUGGCAGAAAAGCCCAGAAUGGUGAAACCACCACCCAGAUCUCCAA